GGCGGACUUAUCUGUGAGAUUUUAGGAUUAUUGUUUACAAAAUAGGGCUUUUUACAUCUCAUCUCUUUUAAUUACUGUAUCUUUAGUCUUUUACUGACUUGGAACUCGCUAACGUCAUCCUGCAACUGGCUUUUGACUACUUCAUCUACUCAGUUUUCGGCCUAAAAUCUUUUGCAUUUCUGUUUGGCGGCUUUGUUGUUGGCAUGGGUUUGCAUCCUCUUGCUGGCCACUAUGUCUCCGAGCAUUAUGUAUUCAAACCUGGCCAGGAGACUUACAGUUACUAUGGACCGAUUAAUCUAGUGACAUUCAACGUUGGAUAUCAUGUGGAACAUCAUGAUUUUCCAUUUGUUUCUGGUGCGAAUCUGCCAAAGGUGAGUGAUUCAAUUGUUCCAAAUUUCGAGUUUGCUAGUAAGCCUGAUGCUCAAUCUCGUGUUAGCAUGAGCUUGACGUAG